AUGCGUCUAUUUCGUAUUAGUACUCCCAGAACAGUUGCACCCUUCACACUUAAGAAUAGUAUUACUGACAGUGGUGUUGGUGUAAUUUCCUCGAUCUCCCCAGAAGAAGAGGGUACAUAUGGAACUGACAGUGGUAUCAAAGAUAGUUUCUCGUUGUCAGCAGAGAAACAGCGCGGAUCUGUAACCCUUGUCAACGGUAUUGAGAGUAUGGUGACAUCGAAAAAUGACACUGAUGAUGAUAAGAUAAGAAUGAUCUAUAUCAUUGGUGGUACGCUUAUUAUUGCAUUAAUUGUCAUUGAAACGAUCAUAUUUGGUGCAUAUUUAUAUCGUAAGAAACAACGACGUCGAGGAGAAAUUGAUGUUGAAGAACGGAUGCGUAAGAAAUCAGAUGAAUCUGAUGACUCAUUUGAAAGCGUUUGA